CAGUAGCAUUUAAUGCAGCGGAAACUGUGAAGGCGAUCGGUUGGGCGCGUCUUUAAGUAAUUUGGAAAAUUCGUGAUUUAUCAGUCAAACAUAGUGCCGUUAUGCCCGAGUCGAGUUUCUUUGCGCGAAGCGUGCCCUUCGAGCAGAUCGACAAGCUGGCCAUCAGCGGCGGCUACUCCUCGAUCUAUGCCACCCGUGAGCCGAACGUGCCCGUGGUGGGCAACUGGGAGCAGCGCUUCUGCCGUCUGGCCGACACCUUCCAGCCCGUGCUGGAUCGCGUGCACGACUUCGAGGUGCGUGAGGAUGAUGUGUGGAUCGUCACGCUGCCCAAGUGCGGCACCACCUGGAUGCAGGAGCUGGCUUGGCUGGUGCUCAAUCAGUGCGACUUUGAGACGGCCAAGUCCGUGGACCUGACCAUACGCUCCCCAUUUUUGGAAUUCAAUGGCGUUGUGCCGAACGUGCCCCACGACACCAUCGAGGCAGCCAAUGCGCUAAGCUCGCCACGCCUCAUCAAAUCCCAUCUGCCCGCCUGGCUACUGCCACGCCAGGUCUGGACCAAAAAGCCGAAGAUCAUCUACGUCUAUCGGAAUCCCAAAGACGCAGCCGUCUCGUACUUCCAUCACUGGCGUGGCAUGGUCGGCUAUCAGGGCACCAAGGACGAUUUCAUGCACUCCUUCAUCGAUGGCUAUGUGAACUUCACGCCCUGCUGGCCGCACGUGCUCGACUUCUGGCAGUUGCGCCACGAGCCGUACAUCUUCUUCACCAGCUACGAGCGCAUGAAGACCCAGCUCGAUCAGGUAAUCAACGAUGUGGCCCGAUUCCUGCAACGCCCAGUGAGCGUUGAGCAGGUGCAGCAGAUGAAGCAGCACCUCUCCUUCGAGAGCAUGCGCGACAAUCCCGCCUGCAACCACGCCAAGGAAUUCGAGAGCAUGAAGGCAGCAGCUGGCCGCGAAGUGGAGGAGUUCAGCGUUGCUCCACACAGGUUUGUGCGGCGGGGCGUGGUGGGCAGCCACAAGGAUGAAAUGACAGCGGACGUGAUACGCGAAUUUGAUCUUUGGUCCGAUGGCAACCUGAGGGAGUAUAAAUUGAACAUGGAUGACUUCACAACUUACAGCAAGUACAAUGAGCAGGCAACUAUCGAGAAACUGUUGUGAGCGCAUCAAUUAAUCACUUCGAAUAGAUUAUAAGCUAAUGUGAUAAAUGUGUAAUGAAGAACAGUAAAUAAGUAUAUUUGUAUGUUUGUUAUCAAUAAAUGGCUCCUUACUUCAACACAAAUAACUACAGCGAU